AUGCAAAACACUACAAUCAAUAAACCAGUAAUUUUGGAGCAGGCCCUAAGGGGUGAAUAUACACAAUUAACUAAUGAACAAAUUGAUGGUGUGGUUAGAAUUAUUAGACAAGAGCAACCAUUCUCUGGACAAAAUAUUAUUAUGGGAACACUAAGAUCAUUAGGAAUAAAAAUUCAUCAUCAGAGACUCAGAGAUUCAUUAUAUCAUAUUGAUUCAUUUAGGAUCAUUAAUCAUUGGGCACAUAUUAUUCCUAGACAUGUAUAUCAUGUUGCUGUAUUGAAAUAUUUUUUAGAUGGAUGCAAUAAAUUUGGCAUUCCAAUUAGGGUUCGUGCAGACAAAGGUGGUGAAAAUAUAUUAGUGAAAAAUUGGAUGGAAAAUUAUAGAGGAUUGAAUCAAGGAAGCUUUAUUGCAGGAUUGUCUAUGCAUAACCAACGUAUUGAAAUUAAUAGAUCCUUGGAGAUUUUUGUAGAUUCCUGGAACAAUCAUUCAAUAAGAACUGAGCAUAAUUCAACACCACAUCAAUUGUUUAUAAAAGGUAUGAUUGAAAAUGGGUUCAGGGGAAUGGAAUAUUUAGAUAUCAAUGUAAAUGAGUAUGGUGUAGACUGGGAAGGACCAGUACCUACUGAAAAUAUUGAACAAGUGGUAUGUGAAGAUCCACAUAAAGUACUUACAGAUGAGCAUUUAUUAGAAUUAAAGAAUAGGAUAAAUCCUCUGGAGGAUGAUGAGUGUUAUGGAAUUAAUGUUUACAAUAAGUGUUUAAGAAUAGUGAUGGAAUUAUUAUCUAGAGCACAUCCUGACUUACUUUAG